CUCCCGGUGCCCAGGCCUUCCCGGAAGAUGCGCUGCGCGCCUUCAGCCGGCGCAGCCCUGGUGCUGUGCGCUGCCACCGCCGGACUGCUGAGAGCGGAGGGCCGCCCCGCGCCGCCCGAGCCGCCGCGCUUCGCGUCCUGGGACGAGGUGAACGUCCUGGCGCACGGACUGCUGCAGCUCGGCCACGGGCUGCGCGAGCACGUGGACCGCACCCGCGGGCAGCUGGGCGCGCUCGAGCGGCGCCUGGAAGCGUGCGGGGCUGCCUGCGGGCAGGCAGCGGGGAUCACCGCCUCCCCGCACGCUUCCGCGAACCCGGUCCCCGACGACAAGGCUGUGCCGGAGACCUUGCGCAACUUGCAGACGCAGCUCAGAGCUCAGAACAGCAGGAUCGAGCAACUGUUCCAGAAGGUGGCCCAACAGCAGCGGCACCUGGAGAAACAGCACCUGAGGAUCCAGAAUCUACAAAGCCAGGUGGGCCUCCUGGCCACCCCACACUUAGACCAUGAGGUGGCCAAGCCUGCCAGGAGGAAGAGGCUCCCCAAGAUGGCUCAGCCUGUGGACCCUGCACAAAACGCCAGCCACCUGCACAGGCUGCCCCGGGACUGCCAGGAGCUGUUUGAAGAGGGUGAAAGGCAGAGUGGACUGUUUCAAAUCCAGCCACAGGGGUCUCCACCAUUCCUGGUCAACUGCAAGAUGAGCUCAGACGGAGGCUGGACGGUGAUCCAGAGGCGCCAGGAUGGCUCUGUGGACUUUGACCGGCCCUGGGAAGCCUAUAAGGCGGGCUUCGGGGACCCCCAAGGUGAGUUCUGGCUGGGCCUGGAGAAGGUGCACCGCAUCACAGGAGGCCAUGGCGGGCGCCUGGCCGUGCAGCUGCAGGACUGGGAGGGCAACGCCGAGUCUCUGCAAUUCCCCGUCCACCUCGGGGGCGAGGACACAGCCUACAGCCUGCAGCUGACGGCUCCUGUGGCCAGCAAGUUGGGCGCCACCGCCAUUGCUCCCAGUGGCCUCUCCCUGCCCUUCUCUACUUGGGACCAGGACCACGACCUCCGUGGUGACAAGAACUGUGCCAAGACCCUUUCUGGCGGCUGGUGGUUCGGCACCUGCAGCCACUCCAACCUCAAUGGCCAGUACUUUCACUCCAUUCCACGGCAGCGACAGCAGCGUAAGAAGGGCAUCUUCUGGAAGACCUGGCGGGGCCGCUACUACCCACUGCAGGCCACCACCAUACUGAUCCAGCCCACAGUGGUUGCCUCAACCUCUUAG